CGCUGAGCAUCCUCCGGUACGCACAGCUCUGGAAAAGGCAUCUCCCUUCUCUUCCAGUGCACUUCUAGCGACACACAUCAUAGUGAUAUAUGCACACUAAGCUUCUGGCAGCAGAACACAGCAAGAAGCGUGAGACAUCGAUGAAAUGGGGGUGAAGGAUGCGACAUGGCAUUUGGAUGAGGCCAACGAGCUGCACCGAGUCCACAAGACACUGCCAUGUGGAAGCAGUCAUGUGGUGCAAUGAAUGUCCCUCCCAUCAAUGGGAGGAAUGUCAUGGGGCAGCCAAACAAAACUUCAGGAAAGGACAGGAGAGCGCAAGAACCAGGGGCGCCAACUUUACUAAAAUAUUGGGGGGAGGGGCGGUUAAGCCCCGCCCUGCAUAAUUGAUCACAUGAUGUGGUGCAUGGACACCAUUUGAAUGGCAAUGCUCAUUAACUUUUUUGGGGGGGAGGCCUCCUCCAAUAUUGUAUUGGGGGCGAAGACCCCCACAGCCCCUAGGAGUUGGCUGCUCCCACCCUACCAGCACAAGCCCAGCACAAUGCUCGAAACUACAGUUCAGCCGCUGCCACUUCCCUUUUGGAUUGCAGCUUUAGUUUUGUAUUAACUAUCCACUGCUUUGGCACAUCGUGCUGUUAUUAUACAGACUGGAUUCCCACACUUCUCAUGUGAUACAGCAGCCACCUGAAUACCCAGACAGAACCGCAUUCUUCUCCGCCCUCUAUGGCUUCAUUCUUAGCUGAAAAGUUCUGCUGGAAUUGGACACAAAUUCUGUGCCAUGAUUAUACCCAUGAUUGUGCUUUAAUGUUGCAACCCGUCCUUGGACCUUAGCAUUAAGGUUGGUCAAUAAUAAAUAAUUAGAGCAAAGGCAAGUAAAUAAUAAUAAUAAUAAUAAUAAUAAUAAUAAUAAUAAUAAUAAGAGCAUAGCAGCAGGGCCUGUAAAAUAGUUGGCUCAGUUUGAAAAGAGGUCUAGAGUUCAAGGAUGCGGGAAGUGGAAAAAGCUCCUGUGACCAUGAGAGCAUUCGCUUUUGUUCCCAGGAUCUGUUUUGCAUUGCUAAGCAACCAAGCUUUAACCCUCCUGGCUGGCUGGCCAUCCAGGUGAAAGCAGAAAGCAGGUGAUGAUUCAGACAGCCCGCAAAUUCCUCUUCGGGUCUCAAAAAGAGGACGGAAGGAAAAAGUCCUUAACUGAUGCCCUCAGCAGUGGAGCUAAAUGUGUUGCACUGGUGACUCUGAGGAUAAUUUUUUAUGCUGAAGGAGAGGAGUGCCAUCGCUCCAGUGCAGGCAUUCCCAAGGGGGAAAGGUAUGUGGAUAUUACGUAUUGCAAUAAAAAGGUAGCAGCAAUUAAUUUUAACUAUGUGACCAUGAAGGAAUGAAUUGGCCACAGGCAAGCCAUACACUCUGGAUUGUAUCCAAUGCUUUUCCAGUGGGGUUCCAGUGGUGCAACAGAACUUCUGUUUCUCCUCCUCCCUUCACGCAGCCCCCCCCCCAAAAAAAAUCUGCUGUGGGAUCCCCCAACCUUCCAGAGCUGAUGGGGCUGGUGGAAACAGGAGAGUGAAUUCAGUUGCACAGAUGGGGGCGCGCGCUUGUUUGAGCGGAUAGGGCCCCCAGUCCCAACCCCAGUUUAGGAUGUAAAGAGGUACACCGGCCUACCUUGGAGUCAUGUUGUAAGAAAGUCUGAGGUAUGGUAUGAAAAGCAGCAUGAAUGCUCUGGGAUCAGCAACUGGGCAUGUGUCCAAAUGUAGGGUACCCAUUUUACUAAUGGGGUCAUGAUUCUGAUGUCGCUGCCUAUCAACAGGAUUAUUCUCAAGUGCCAUAAAGGGAAACAAAUUGUUAGUAUUUAAUUUAUGGCUAUAGCAUUCUUACUCCCAGUCAGGGAAAGACAUUGGUGGGAUUCUCUGCCUCAAGCGUCAAAAUAACUGAGCUGUUCUCUCUUGGACUGGCCUUGCUAUAAGGAUGCAAUCUUAUGCACACUUAUAUUGACAUAAGCACCACUACAUGGUGGGAUUUAUGUCUGAGUAAAUAUUAUAGGACUGCUCUGUAAGUAAAUCAACGUUCUUUUAAAUCUAUGGCCUGAUCUAAAAGCUGAUACAUUUAAUAUAAAGGUUACAAUCUAAUUUUUAAAAAGUUAACAUGAAAAAGAUAUCAAAAUAGAACAUACAGGGUGAUAUUCAGCCAUUUUUAGUCUGUGCAGGCCAACUGGAAUUAAUGAGCGUGAAUGAGUUAGGUCCAUUAAUCCCCAAAGGGUCUACUCUGAGUAAAUUGACUACCACCCAUGGCUUGGGAAGUAAUGUAUUUAUUGAAUGCAAGAGUUUAAUGCAGAGGGAAAUCCGUUGAGAGCUUUCCUCCUGGAAGCCCAUUUCAAUAAAAGCUAAUUGUGGAAAAUAUGUCUUUACCUUGCACAAUUUCCAAACAUCUCCCAGUGGGGUGUGAGCAGUGGGUAGUGCCUUUCCAUAAAUGCACAAUCUGAAAAGCUGUUCUAGCUGUGAGUGACCAGGUAGUAGAACAAUAUGUGAGAUGAGGGUGUCCCUGAAUAUUCUACAGAAUGCUGAAGUGUGUGACAUGCUGGCACAGUGGAAGUUUCUAUGGUGAUUUAGAACUUGAGAAAUAUACAUGAUCAGUUUUGCUUCGAAAGCUGGGACUCCAGAAAGGAAGAACAAAAGAUUUUUCAACCCAUCAUGAGAUGGUAACGAUGUCACUAUGGCAAAAGGCAAGCCGCAACCCUGAAGAAGAAGAUCAGAUUUGCACAGCUACAAGAGAACUAAGUACUGAACACCUGGUGGGAUUGAGGAGUCCGAUAAAAGAAAAUCAAAGCUCCACCAUAGCAAAAGGGGUUGAUUCAGGAGGCUCCAUCAAGCCACUAGCCUUCCGGCUACAUGACAGCGUUCCUCAAUUAGUCCGUGAGAUUCUACUGGAGCGUGGCUGGAUCGAGUAUGACGAGCACGAGCAAGAUAACGAGGACUGGAACCUGUGCUGGCAGAACCAGCCUUUCCGGAUGACAGACCACCGAAGCAUUAAACCAUGGCAGAGGCUCAAUCACCACCCAGAAACCUUCCGGAUCACCAGGAAGGACUAUUUGGCAAGGCAUUUGAAGCGCAUGAAGGGAAUUUAUGGCACGACCCUCUACGAGUUCAGUCCAGCAACUUUCAUCAUGCCCAACGACUACAUAAAAUUCAUAACACAAUACACCAAGGAGAGGCAGAUACCCGGCAGGAAGCUGAGCUACUGGAUCUGCAAGCCUGUCGCCAGGUCUCGUGGGAGGGGCAUCCUCAUUUUCAAGGACAUUAAAGACUUUGUUUAUGACUGCAUGGUGAUUGUGCAGAAGUACAUCAGCAACCCCUUGCUUAUUUCCGGCUACAAGUGGGACCUCCGCUUUUACGUUUGCGUCGCUAGCUUUUGCCCCCUCACUGUUUACGUGUACGAAGAAGGGCUGGUGAGGUUUGCAACAGAGAAGUUUGACCUCAAGGCCCUGGACAAUGUUUACGCCCACUUGACAAACACAAGCAUCAAUAAGUUUGGGCCCUCAUACAGGAAGGACAAAGAUGUCAUUGGCCCCGGAUGCAAGUGGACGUUCAGCCGUUUUCGGGCCUACCUACGUAGCCGCAAUGUGAACGAUGUGCGCCUCUGGCAAAGGAUCAACCACAUCAUCACCCUUACCUUGCUUGCCAUCACCCCCUCGGUGCCAUUUACCUCUAACUGCUUUGAGCUCUUUGGGUUUGACAUUCUUGUGGAUGACAAGAUGAAGCCCUGGCUCCUGGAAGUGAACCACAGCCCAGGUCUGCACCUUGACUGUGCCACAGACGCAACUGUGAAAAGAAGCUUGCUCCAUGACAUUGUCGACUUGCUGAACUACAAGGAGGCCGACGCGCUGAGAAAAAGCAAAGGGGUGAUCCGGAAAGUGUCGUCCUUUGGCCGAACGCAGUCUUUGUUGACUACGAAAACGGACAUCUCUCUCGAUUUCCUGGCUUGUGAGAAAAGAACCAAGUCCGCAGCUACUUCCCCAUCCCCAUCACUCUUGCAGGUUAAUAAGAGGAGCCCAAUAUCUGACAGGACGGGCAGCGCAUACCCCAGGAAAACCUUAACCUCACAGCUGCGUGAACGAAUGAACAUGCCCAAAACAUCCCUGCUGCCAUCUAAAAGCAAACAGUUAUUAAGAACUAGUAGUUUCCUAUAUGAGCCUGUUCAGUCUACCCGGUGGCGUAAUUCAACUCAGCUCUGUACACACAAGCCAUCUAUCCCUCCCUUUUUCCUCUCAGAUAAAGACAAAAAGCCAUUCCCUCGGGUGGGUGACUUUGUCCUUAUAUUUCCUUUCAAUGACGCAGUCCUUGAAGCAUCUAGGGAUGGGAUCAAUGUCAAAAGUGUAAUAAAAGAAAUACACAAAGUAAUGAGCAAAGAAUUGCAGCCAGAACACCGGAAAUCAAAUAAAAGCUUAUUUAACCAGUAGAUGAGCGGGACGAGCAAUCCUCUAUGUCAUUCACACCAGAGGGUGCAUGUGCUACAGCUACGCUGGCACAUGUUAUGCCCCAUUCUAUAAGACUCCCACAUAGGUGGGAGGAAGGAUGCCACUAUGAGGACAUCUGCACCAGAGAGCAAUGGCUACACCACUUUAACAGUCAGGGCUUCCCCCAGGAGGAUGUGUGAGACCAUUGUUGAAAAUCCAUAGCCGCUAUGGAUCCCUCUGACCUGAACAACCAUUAGUUAGUGUCCCUUUUGGGGGUGGGCAAAGUGUUGACUUCAACUCCAGGUGCUUCUGGAUGAGACAAAUUGUAUAGACUCAUUUCAGUUAGG